GUAUAGCUCAUUUGUAAAUAAAAGGAAUAAAAUUAAAAAAUGUAUACCGAGGUGGACGUUUUUGUGUCCAAUUACACACUUAUUGACCCAGAAAUAUAUCAAUUAUGGAUAGAGGGAUGUUCUUCGAGUGAGGCAGUAUCGACUCUACACCAGCGCGCUGCAGCCAAGCAGACCGGCGCCACGGUGGAGCUGAUAGCUAGCGACGUGCUGGACCAUUAUAGGACAUUUGCUUUGCUGGAGCGUCUGCUUACGGUACCGUCCAAGCUUUCAGAGCAGAUGAUCUUCCAGAUAGACGAGCCCACCAAACAGAUGCUUAUUGAGAAGUACUAUGAGUUGGAUGAUGCAGUAAUACGAGAAUUACUUGGAAGGAAGCUUUCUUCGCGACAUCGAAAAGAUUUGGACGAGGUGUCGGACCGGUCGGGCGCGCCGCUGCGCUGCUGCCGGCGGCAGUUCGACAACGUGCGGCGCGUGUUCAAGGCGGUCGAGGAGAUGCCCGGCAGCGUGGUCGCCAACGUGCGCGCCACCUUCCUCAUCUCCGAGCCGCUCGCCAGGAAGUACGGCGCCGUGGUGUUCCUGGCGUGUAUGCGCUUCGAGACGACAAAGCGGAAACUGCAGUAUUUGUCCUUCAACGACUUCUUCCACUGUGCACAGGCGAUAAUGGGGAACUGGACGUACAGCUGCACGGGGCCGGAGUACUACGACACGGAGAUGGACCGCGAGUUCCUGCUCGAGCUGCGCGACCUGCGCAUCCUGCUCGACAAGGAGAAGGAGCACAAGCAUUUGAUCUGCAUGCGGUUGAAACCGAAGCUUCUGGAGAAAUCAUAUCAGGAACUCGAACUUAAUUUUAGAUUGUACACGCGUGCGCUGGUGGGUGUGGCGGUGAACCUGCACCGCGCCAGAGAACUGCGAUCGUUGUUUGUGGAUCUGCUCGAGAGAUGUAUAGAGCCGCUGCGUCUCGGCAGCUGGCCCAAGACCGACCUCGCGCAGUUCCUGUGCGCCUACGAGCAGUGCGCCUUGCAGAUGGAUGUACUGAGAGAGGCGGACCUGAAGUCGGUGUGGGAGCGCUACAUGCGCGUGGUGAGUCAGUGCUUGCUGACCAUGUACCACACGUAGUGCUCGCCCCACGGGCUCCACUGACCGGACAGGCGUCAGGCGGUGACCUGAGACGGACUUGCGAACUUGUGUCGAAUGUUUGGAUGAUUUCAUUGUUUUGUUACGUUAGGUUUGAUCAUCUAAUCUAUAUCAUUAGAAGUAGUGUUAUUAUCAUCUAUAUUUACAACAUUAAUAUCUCUAUCAUCGGUAGCUUCUUCAUCACCUCUGUCAGAAAAACCAUCAUCCAAAUUAUGGUUUUCAUCGCCAAAUGAAUGACUAUAAACAUACUGUGUAAAUAUGAGAAGUAGGUAGUUAAGUACUUAUACUCUAAGCUUUUAAGAUUCUGGUCAAAUGAAAUUUAGCAAUGUUUAUAAGAUAAUUUUUCCGUGGGCAAUACUGCCACGUAUUGUAUUGUCUAAGGUUUAAUUGUUCGUCGUUUUGUGGAUUGUAAUAACAAUUAUUUAUUGUGUUCCUAUUAAAAGUAUAUUG